AUGCACUAUAAUCUAUGGAAUGAAAGUACUAUUAAAAUGAUGAAAUAUUUUGAUCAAUUUGUUGGAAAUAAUAAUUGGAAUCUUAUUCAAGAUGAAACUCGCUAUCUUUCUCAAAGAGAAUGUCAAACUCCUGUUUGUAUUCAAAUUAUUUCUGCAGAAGGAAUUAAGCAUUAUAAAAUAACUAAAUUAAAAGAUGAUAGUGAAAUAGUAAAUCUUGAAGAAGAUGUAAAAAUUUAUAUUACUGGUUCAUUACAUUAUGGAACUCGUUUAUUAGUUAGACAAGAAUUUACGCCAGUGUAUCAAAUUAAAGAAGGUAAAUUACAUUUAAAUUCUCCUAUAAUGAUGACAUUUAAUAUACUUAUAUCAACUCUUCCUAAAGAAACAAGAUUAACAUUAUCAAUUUAUAUGACAGAUACUCCUAUUAAUUUACCAAUCUUAGAAACCAAUAAAAAAGAUAUUUGUUUAGCAACUAUUAAUUGUAAAUUAGUUGACCAUAAUGGUUAUUUUAUGAAAGGAUUAUUUAAUGUUGGAAUGUGGGAAAGAAUUGAACCAAAUCCUAUUAUGAUGUGUUGUGAAAAUACUUCUUCAAAUACCUGUAAGUUACAUUAUCGAAUGAUAGAAUUUAAUAAACCUGUUAAAAUGAAUACUUUUACUGCAAAUGAACAAGAAUUAAAUACUAACAUAAUAGAUUCUAUUAAAAUUGAUUCUGAACAUACACUAAGAUUUAAAUAUGUUGUUGAAGCUGAUCCAUUAACAAUACUUAGUCAAGAGGAUUGUAGAUUAUUAUGGAAAUAUAGGUAUCUAGUUGAAAAAACAAAACCUGGAUCAUUAGCACGUUUAGUUUCUGCUGUUGAUUUUACUCAACAAAGUGAAGUAUUAGAAUUACAUAGAUUAUUAAAUAAAUGGCCAUUACUUAAACCAACUCAAGCAUUAGAGUUAUUGGAUUUUAGAUUUCCAGAUGAACAAGUAAGAUUAUUUGCUUUAAAAUGUUUAGAUGCAAUGAAAGAUUAUGAAUUAGUUAAUUUUCUUCCUCAACUUGUUCAAGCAUUAAAAUUUGAAUUACAUCAUCAAAGUAAUUUAGCAUAUUUUUUACUAAGAAGAGCAUUAAGAAAUAAAAACAUUAUUGGACAUCAAUUCUUUUGGUUUUUAAAAGCUGAGAUGCAUGAUAAUAGAGUAACUGAACGAUAUGGAGUGCUAUUAGAGGCAUUUUUAAAUGGGUGUGAAAAUUAUAGAACAGAGUUAUAUAAUGAAGUAACAUUUCAAAACCAGUUAGUUGUUAUUGCUAAUAAAGUGAAACAAAUAGAAGUAAAAGAAGAACAAAAACAAUUACUUAAAGAUUCAUUAGCAAAAUUAAAAUAUCCUGAAGAAAUGUCAUUACCAUUAGAUUCACGAUUUAGAAUAAAAAAACCAGUUCCAAAUACUGGAAAUGUAUUUAGUAGUAAAAAGAAACCACUGAUGUUAGUAUUAGAAAAUGUAGAUCCAUUAGGAGAUAAUAUUAUGGUUAUACAAAAAGUUGGUGAUGAUCUUAGACAAGAUAUUUAA